AUGAAGGAAAAGCUUGGCUUAGACAAUGGUAUUCUUGGGCCAAGUUUGUUGGAUCUUGCAGGACAGGUGAACACUACACUGUCUCAGAUAAACCGUAUUUUUCCAGCACAAGGCUUUGGCUUUCUUAUGAGUAUCAUCCUCAGUUCCAUUAUAACUAAAACAAGUUGCUUGCACUUAUACAUUACACUAAUCUUAAGUAUUGGUGCCAUCAUCAAUAUUCUCAUCCCUUUUUCUACAAGCCUUGGGUGGAUGACAGGUCUGUUCCUCCUACAAGGAUGCACAAAAGGUUUGCUGGACACAUUUGUCUACACACUCUGCUUACGUCUCUUCCCUGGAGAACACAACUGGCAAAUGCUAUGCAUUCCCAUUGCAGAAGCAUUUUCUGCAUUUCUCAUCCCAUUUGUUGUGAAACCAUUCCAGAGCCAAAUGUUCAUCAAAUCCGGAGCAAACAUCACUUCCCUUUCAAAUUGCACAACUGACACUUGCUACGUCACUGCCUCUCGGAUUGCUUACCCUUACAUGUUCACAGCUAUCAUCCUCUUCCCUGCCAUUUGUGCAUUUGCUUAUUACUCAUUCCAUGAGAAAUGCAGCAAUAAAUUAGAAGAAGAAUAUGACAGAAUGUCCGACUCUCAAACCUGUAUCACGGAAGUUAUUCUCUUCUCUGCCAUAUCUUUUAUUCACUGGCUUCAUAAAAAACAAAAUAUAAUUGCAGAAGAUGAGUCUUCAUAG